AUGAAGGUAUUUAUAUUAAUUAGCUUAUUCGUUGCAUACUGUAUCGCUCAACAGAAUAUGGUACCACCAUUUUUAAUAGGGCAACCAGCAGCUGUUGUUCAAGACUUUCACCAAAUACUUCUAACUGCUGUCGAUAAAACUGAUAUGCAAAUGGAACAGGCAAUUGAAAAUUGGAUUUCUCGUCAAUCCGCAACUGUAAAAGCAGCUUUUGACAAAUUCAAAAAAGAGGCUAUAGCAGCUGCAAAACAAGCUGAGCAACAACGUCAGACUGCAAUUGCGAGCCUAUCACCUGCAGCAAGACAAGCUGAUGCGCAACUUACUGCAAUUGCUACUAGUAGCACACUUACCGGUCGACAAAAACAACAACAAAUUCAACAAAUCCUAGCAGGUAUUUCGGAUGCUGUCAAACAAGAGUUACAGAACACAAUGCAAGGAUGA